GUGAACUUCUCCAGGUGUUAACUAUAGGUCUUAUCUUUAUUCCAUCUUGGAGGUCCUCUCUUAGCAACUGGAAUAAACAAGUAAUAUGGGUGUCUUCUACCUGGCUUCAGAAAAAAAUAAUUGUUUAGAAGACAGGUCCUGUUGCCUUCAUGAAUGCUUCAACAAUCACAGAAUUUGUCUUCCCGGGUCUUUCCAGUUCUCGGCCCAUCCAGCUCCUUCUAUCUGUCCUGGUAAUGAUGUGUUACACUGCCAUUCUGAUGGGCAACCUCCUUAUUGUAGUAACUGUCCAUAUAGAUCCAUGCCUUCUAAGGUCACCCAUGUAUUUUUUCUUAGCCAAUUUAUCCAUCAUUGAUACUGCCCUAAGUUCAGUGGUUGUUCCUAAGAUGGCAACAGAUCUGAUUACCCAUGGUAACUCUAUUUCAUAUGGAGACUGCAUGUCCCAGCUCUUUUUUCUACAUGUCUUUGGAGGUUCAGAAGUGUUUCUUCUUACUCUCAUGGCCUACGAUCGCUAUGUGGCCAUUUGCCAUCCACUGACAUACAUAAUCAAGAUGAACCGUCCACGCUGCAUUAGACUGUUGUGUUGGUGUUGGGCUGGAGGCCUCCUUCACUCUGGCAGCCAGUUGUUCCUGGUCCUGCAGCUCCCGUUCUGUGGGCCAAAUGAAGUGGACAAUUUCUUUUGUGAUGUUCCACAGGUAGUCAAGCUGGCUUGUGUUGAUACCCAUGUCACUGAGAUGCUCAUGGUGGCCAAUAGUGGCCUCAUCAACCUGGUUUGUUUUAUCAUCUUGCUGAUCUCCUAUGGCAUCAUCCUGCAUGCACUUCAAGGUCGCUUAAAGGAGAGUGGGGGGAAGGCUCUGUACACCUGCAGCUCUCACCUGAUCGUGGUCAGCAUUUUUUUCCUACCUUGCCUCUUUGUAUACCUUAUUCCUAUCUUCAGCACCAGUUUGGACAAGAUAUCUUCUAUAUUUUAUACCACAAUUACUCCUUUCCUUAAUCCUAUGAUAUAUUCUCUAAGAAAUCAGGAAAUGAAGGAAGCAAUGGGCCGGGUGACAAAGAAAUUCAUAUUUAAGGACUGGUAUCAGAAGAAAGGAAAAGUCUGGUAGAAGUUUCAAAAUUCCUUUUUGGUCCUUGAGAUAAUCUUUUCUGGAGUUAUUCUUAUCACCAGAAAAGUAAUGAGGGGUAAAGUCCACCAAUCUAUGAUUUAUUAAUCUCCCAGAUAAAGCAGGAAUAACUCUUUUAGAGCCAAUAUUUGUUUAUUAAUUAUUAGGAAAUAUAGAUCGCUGUCCAUCUUGUACAUGAACUCUAGGUAGCUAAGAACAAGACAUAAUAAACAAUAUAAUACUUCAAUCAAAUAAAAACAGAAUUAAAAUACUCGUAACACAAUAGUCAAGUAACUGUAUUCUAAGCAGACACACAAAAACUGCAAUAAUACUUGAUCCAGUGUUUUGGGGUAGAAUUGAACUCUGUAGUUAAUGACAACAUGUGUGCCUUAUACUUUGAAAAAUGUGUAGCUAUUGUUCCCUUAGCAGUAAGUACUCAAAUAGGAAAAGAGUUGGUAGACAUGGAAUAAGUCAAUUAAAAUAUUAAAGAGAUUAUUGCCUGCAAAUAAUUUGCUAAGUCUUCCUAUUUGGAAGGUAAUGUUUACUGGUCAAUGUGAGUACCAAGGCUAAUGUCACUUCUUUUCUCAUUAAACUCUCCACCUUCCACUCAACAGAGAUGUUCCCUCAACAUCUCUUGUGGGAAGGACUUCAACUGAGAAUGUAGUUGCGUUGCCAAUAAGUUUUCCUAAUGUUCAGCUGGAAAAAUUCUAAAAUUGUUUAACUUUUUAAUUUUAUUAAAAUAAAACUCAUUCACCUUA